GAUAAGAGAGAUAGAAUGAUGGAGGAACUUGAGUCCAUAGCUUUCAGUGGUAAUGUGCAGAGGUCAUCCAUAGCUCACAAUCUUGGAGUUUUCAACGCAGACAUGUCUCAAUACAUGGAGAGAUCAAGCCUACAAUCCUCAUUUAUCGACGAUGAAUUCUCCACCGGAUAUCUCCAAGAUGUCCUCUUUCAAUUCACCUCCAAACGAAGAAGGACCAUCGACACCUCCAUCAAGAACUGCUGGACGUCAAAUUUGAUGACCGAAUUCGACACCAUUUCCGAAUUGAAAAGCCCUGAAGAUGGUGCUGUUUCGGAAACCUACGAUUCUUCUUCUCAGAAAGAAUCACCUGAGAAAGGGAAACCAUAUUGCAUAGACCCCAAUUUUUUUUGCUUCUGGUAA